UUCACUUUUGUGCAGCUUGAUGUCACGUAAGAUGUGUAAUUAAACUGUUCGGCCACACAGCCGCAUUAGCGUGUUUUGUUGCAGUUGCUAUAAUUUAAAUAUUAUGUAAUAAACGAGUAAUUUUUCAUGUCAACGUCCAUUAAUUAUUUUUAUAUUAGUGAAAUCAUGUAGAUCAGACAUGUAUAAUUUUCGCUACAACAAUGGGACAGCUUAAGGGCACGAAAAUGCCAUUACCAUAUCUAUCCGGCUGCGUUGAUUCCAUGGCCUACCGGUACACGCGUCGUUUGGGAAUAAAACACUGUGAAAACUGUGAUUCUGUAUGCCGGGAUCUCCUGAUAUUAAUUACGUCAAGUGGUGUUACCGAUAACGCACUCUGUCCAGACGUUCCGAAACGCAAAUGUGUUCCUAAGAGUAUAACUACGGAUAGCGGAUGGCUUCAUCAGAUAACCUGUAUUUUCUUAACCUUCGCCGUGAUAUUAAACAGCGCACAUGCUCAAAUUCUUCCGCGCUCCACCUUUCACAAUCUCAGUGGUCAUCCGCCUACGUCCACAAGAGACCCAUUUAACCGAACAGUAACCACACCAUUGCCGGUAAGCACAACGGUCGCUGCUUCCGACACCAACAGUUCCUUAAAACAAAGCACACAACACUUGCUGGAACAAGUGCUGGUGAUGAGAGAGAACAGCAUCAACCUGGGCAGCAGUCAACCGCAUCCGCGCAACGCCUUCCUCUUGGACAGUUACUUGCUCAAAUCCUCAUCACCGAAAUCACUUCCGCGUCCCGUGACCGGAGUAUCCGCGCGGCAACUGCGCACUGAUACGCCUUUCGAUACGACAAUGAACACCUGGCCGGUCACACUGCCGCUCCAAGCCAACACUCCUAUUCCGGGUGCGCUUAUGCUGACCACCGACGGCGGUAGUUCCGCCGCGUCGACCGCUUCCCAGUCUACAAUCACCAAACGGCAAAUUAUGCCCACUGGACGGCCGAAUUCUUUCUUCUUGGAUGAGCCAGAUGGUUGGUUAUCGCGACUGGAUGAUAUCGGGCCGGUGGCACCCGAUUUUCAGCCGGUACCUUAUGCUACGGAUGGUCCGUUUACACCAGACGGCCCACCCAUGUUCGACGGGCCGUUCCCAGCGGCCUCCACCAAUCCGACAUCGGAAGUGUAUACACCGCUGAAUUAUACGACAACGGACGCCAGUAGCAGCGCUGCUUCCGAUGCCAUCCCGAGUCCGUUUCGGCCGUUCACCGCGACGUCUCUACAACAUCCGAUUACAACCAUACCACCAUUCGCAUCUCCUUUACCGGUUCCAGCGGUUACUCGCAAUCCUAACCUGCCAGCUAAUACAAACGACUCCGCGGUUCGGCAGCAACGUCCCUUCCCUUCGGUGUUUCGCUCCGAACAACCCCGAAAACCGGACACCUCUCGAAAUCGUCCGCCCGGCGAUCCCGGUGAUCAGCGUAUGCGCGGCAGUGUAUUGUCCGCACCCAAUCCGUACACCGGAGCGGUCGAUGGCGACGACAGAAUUAAUCCACCCUUCCGGCGACCGCUGCCGCCGCCCAGCGCCGCAGCACCGGCCGUCCCUCCGUCGGCGUAUCCGGGAGACCGCAAUCUGAACGCUCCGCCAACCGAAGAGGGAAUCAAACUGGAAACCUGUAGCAUUGGGGAUGAUAGUACAUGCAAUCAGGAAGCGUAUGAAGUGUGCCGAAAAGAUGACGGUGUCAGUACCUGUGUGUGUCGCAGCGGCACAGCGCGCAAGCACGUUCGGGAUCCUUGCCAAAGUGUGCUUAGCUAUUAUGUUUACAUAAGGAUGAACCGAUUCUAUGAUCGUCAGCUGACAUUUGGUCCUCAAUUUGCCGACAACAAAUCUUAUCCAUACCUGACUCUUGCUCGGGAAGUAGCAUUAGGGAUCGAUAGUCUGCUUAGCGAGACGGACCUCAACACGGCAUUCGUGUCCAGCCGUUUGAAUUCUUUCGCGCCCUUUUCCGAUGACCUUUUGGCGAAUUCCACAGUAUUACUGUUGAAAAACCGGGUCAAUGUGGAUGGCACUCAGUUGAGUCGACAUCUGCAGGAAGUGAUGCUAGAAGGCCUGCGCAAGAAUGAACGACGUCUGGGUAAAAGCCGGCUAUUUGUCAGCAACUUUCUGAACGCGGUGCCCGGAGUGCAGGAUAUCGAUGAAUGCUUAUCCACGGACCUGAAUGACUGCAACGCCUCUGCAGUGUGCAGUAAUACUCCUGGAUCGUAUUCCUGCACGUGCAAACCCGGGUAUGGCGAUCGCUUUGCGGGAGAUCCGGUACUGGCCGGACGCUCGUGUGAACCGUGCGAAGAAGCGUAUUGCAAUCAACACGGAGUGUGCUUGAUGACCUCAACCGGGAAAACCUGUCAGUGCAAUGGAUGGUACAUUGGAGCCACUUGCCAGACGGAUGGACAGGUGGUGGCGGUGGCAUGUGGCUCGUCAGCGGUUGCGCUAAUUCUUAUUGCGGUGACUCUCAUCUUUCUUCUCCGCUGGAGUAUGUUCCUUCUUUAUUGCAGUCGCACUUCCGGCAGUAAGCGUCAUGGUCUUAAUGCUGACCAGUUGUCCACGCUGGCACGGUCGGAGAUUAGCGCCAAUACCUUUACGUACUUUAAAGUCAAUCCGGGUAGCGGAAGUGGAUCUGUGUCACGCUCGAGAUCCGGCGACGACACGACAGCGGCACCGGACCACGAUCGCUCCACGGUGUGUACUACGAAGAUGGAUAACAAGCUACGCAUGGCUUACUUGGUGCAUCCAAAUUUAGUCACGCAGCUACCGGCACACCACGGCCACUGUCGAUGCGAUGACGCUCGCGCACCCUGGCACUUUGAUGGUGAACACGCACACACGUCGGGCCACCAGUUAACCGAUAGCAACCCUUACGAGGUGCGUCCACCCGGUAAACUAGCUGCGUCCGCCUUGCACCACGAAACAGCCAUUGGUCAAGACAAACAGGCCUGUGGCUCAGUUAAUCCAGCAAGCGGAAAUAAUUUCCUAGUCAAUCGUGUAAAAAACGUCAACCAAGAUGCGGACGCUGAUGAGAAAAGCAACAGUAAGAGCGCCGCAGCAAAGUCGAACGUCUCGCAUGCGCACUCACACUCUCAUGCCCAUCUGAUGGAACGCCCGUCACAGACCGGCAGCGAUGGUGCCAAGUCCAGCAUAAACGUUUGCGAUGCUGUGGCUGCUGUUGUCAACCGGAAUGAUCUCAAAAGUGCUGUGGAAGCCAGAGCUCAACAGCUGGACAAAGGUCACAAGCCCAGUGUAAAUUUAAGGAAAGCCGCCGGGAACCCAGUUGUGCCGAAUAAGCCGGAUAUGCUUAAUGGCUUUCCAGCGGCCGCGCAUCCGGCAAAAUUUAAAGCUGGGAAACCAUUGCUCUGAAGUCCGAACUGAUUUGGAUGAGAGUACUGUAUAGCCGAAUGCCAAAGUGAUCACACAACAAUGCACCCGACUUCGUUAAUAUCGAUAUCGGUUUAUUAAACUUUUACCCCAUAUACAUUAAUGUGAGGGUUACACAGACUUGCAAUCAGUUUACCUUUGUAUUCAACUAUGCACGCGCAUGCAUGCACGUUGUUUGAUGCGCUUGAUAGUAAAUAUACUAGUAUCUUCUUCGAAGUGACCGACUGAAAACUGAAGUUUUA